UGUCCGAGAAGAUCGUUCGACUAUUGCUGUGACUCGUCCCCUUUAAGAUGAUGUCGGAAAAAUAAUGAUUUAUUAUUUAAUUACUUUGUUUCAUGUCGGCGGACAAAAACUUGGGUCGAGUAACAACACUAGAAAUCAGGGACGGUAGCAUCAACCUUUUGCUUCCUAAAGUAGGUUCCAGUACUGUAGCCUAUGUUAAGCUCUGCGUUCUUUGACAGUUUCUAGUUCUUCAUAAAAGACUACCCCGGGACAGUACCCUAGUAUAUGUCACAGGAGGAUGGAAUAACAGACAAAGCCGAGAGAAAGAAGACGCAUAGGAAGAGUAAAGGGAAUGCGGUGAAAAUCCACUAAAUUUGGAACACUGUUCUCUUUAUCCACGGCAAUGUUUUGGCUUGACCAAAACGGACGUUUCAAAGUGACAUUGUGCAGUCGUUAACGCACGCUAUUUAUUAUUAAAUCAGACUACUGUACUAAUACGCAGAGAGAUAUUUCCUACAUUUCCCACCCUGUCUGAGGAGUGACCACAACCUUUCUUCCCCUCACUCAUGACGUCACCGGAGUCCCCACUCCCUUCCCCUUCCCCCUGUCCGCCUCCGCCUCCCUCCCUCCCCUCCUCUCCCACGUCUCCUGCUCCCUCCUCCUCCCUCCCGCCUCCCCCUUCCCUGCCUCCCACGGGGGAGGUGAUGGUCCUUGCCCUGGGGCGGAAGAAGCAGAGAAUGCUCAUCUGUCUCUCCAUCCUUCCCAAUUUCUUCCUGGCCUUCCUUCUCUCCUCGGACCCCCUACUUACCCUGGCCUCGCCCCACCACUGCCGGCUCCCGGGACCCUUGCCUGCCCCGCAGGUCCUCAACGCCUCCCUGCCUUGGGAAAAGGGGGACAGGGUGGGGGACGCGGGGGGACUCUCUCAGUGCAAGCAAUUUAUCAACGGCACCCAGUCUGGGGUGGAGAACUGUGAAGCUGGCUGGGACUACAAUGUCACAGAAGGAUUGAGGAAUAACAUUGUUACUGAGUGGGAUUUGGUGUGUGGUCAAUACUGGCUGGUCCCAGUCGAGGAGGUGUGCUUCAUACUGGGCGUUUUGACAGGAUGUCUGGGACUGGGUUUUGCUGCUGACAGACUGGGCAGGCUAAAGACACUGCUCACCUCCCUGACUCUUUCGGUGGUAUUCGGCGUGCUCGUGUGCGUCUCUCCUUCCCCCCCCAUCUUCAUUGUCAUGCGCUUUUGCCUAGCGGUUGCUAGUGCCGGUGUCUACCUCACUCUUUACAUCACACGUCUUGAACUCUGCGACCCCUCACUACGUCUGCUGGUCACCAUGCUUGCCGGACUAACUACAUUUGCUGGGGAGCUGCUGUUGUUGGCUGUUGCUCUGGGCUGCCAGUCCUGGAGAGGGUUACUUGGAGCUGGGGCUGUACCGCUCUCUCUGUUCCUCACCUAUGGUAUUCCUGGGGUAUUUCCUGAGUCUCCUCGCUGGCUUCUUCUGUCAGAGAGAUCAGCUGAUCUUAACUCCUUCAGUGAAAGGAGAGAUAGAGAGAGAGAUGACGAGAGCUUCACAGAGUUGGAUUCAGAGCCGCCCCCCUCUACACGCCCUCACCUGUCUAUCCCGGAGCUUGUACACAGCAGGAACAUCUGGAAGAACAUAUGUGUACUUGGCUUUACCUCGUUCAUUUCCCAUGGCAUUAGUCACUGUUACAGCUCAUUCCGUGGUGAUGUCAGAGGCACUGCCCCCCGCUUCUAUUGGACCUACCUGCUCUCUGUCUGUGCGGGAGGAGGGGCCUGGCUGUUGUUAUGGACAACUGUGGACAGGUGUGGUCGCCGUGGUAUUCUGCUCCUCUCAAUGACAAUGACAGGGCUGGCAUCUCUGAUUCUUCUCGGCCUGAUGGAGUAUCUGAGUGAGGCGGCCAUCACUGUGUUUUCAGUGAUGGGGCUCUUCUCCUCCCAGGCGGCUGCCUCUCUCUGUAUCCUCUUCACUGCAGAGAUCAUGCCCACCGUCAUCAGGGGCAGCGGCGUGGGCACGGUGUUGGCCCUGGGCUGUGUGGGUCGUCUCACCUCUCCGCUGAUGGACCUGCGCAACCACUACGGCUACUUCCUGCAUCACGUGGUGUAUUCGUCUCUAGCCCUGCUGGCUGUGCUCUCCAUCCUGCUACUGCCCGAGAGUAAGAGGAAACCCCUUCCCCAGACACUGGCUGACGGCGAGCUCUACCGGCGCCCCCCGCUGGGCCGGAGGAGGAGGGACAACGUGCCCCUGCUGGCCACCCCCAACCCAGAGACUUAGCCCGCAGUAGCCCCUCCCACUCCAAUCAUAACGCCAGCCCAGAGACUUAGCCCGCAGUAGCCCCUCCCACACCAAUCAUCACGCCAGCCCAGAGACUUAGCCCGCAGUAGCCCCUCCCACACCAGUCAUAACGCCAGCCCGGAGUGUCAUCGGGUCCGUGCCACCGAAAGGAAGACAGGGAGGAAGAAGAGGGUCAACCGGCUGCCCCAGAUGUUUACACAGAGCCAGUUUGUGCGGAGGACUUGGCUGACGUAACAACACCCUCUACCCUUCCUAACGUUUUCCAGUCAGUCCUAACACAGGAGUGUACGAGACGACAUCUGUCUUUAAAUGAAAUUCUGCCAUUGAAGUGAGUGUGUGAUCCUGGAGAGUUAACAGCAGGGAGAAUGCUCCAGAAUGCUGAGAUUACACGCAGUGAUCGUUUCCACACUGCUGGCACCCAGUGCACCAGAACGCCCCCCCCGUCAGAGAUCACAGCUCACAGAGGCAGUCAGGUAUGCUGUGGAUUGGAUCCUGUCCUGUAAAUAUCGUAAACAUAGUUUAUUUAAUUUAAUGAAUGCUGAGUUCAUAAAAACAGUGGGCGUUGUGUUACGCAGAGCUGGAGGCUGAGAGGAUAUUUUGUACUGCAUAAAACGCCUGGAUUGAAUCCGAAACUGGUUAUAGGCAUUGUGGCUAUUAAAGGCAAUGUUAGCGGGGAUUACCAUUCAUGGUAAAUGCUGCGGAUGUCAGCUCAAUUGAAAAGGGCCUCAAAAAGCUGCAUGCAAGCUUAAGCCAAGAUGAGAGAGCACUUUUGUUUAUUGCUCUUAAAGUAACUGGGGGAAAUUACAUAGUUCAAUUCAAGAUUUUUUAAGAAUAAUAUUGUACUUGAGGGUAGUUUAGGGAACUUUGUGAACUUGCAUUAAAUAAAUAGUAACGGUCAGCCCUCCACAAACCCAAAAGUCCUUGGUUGGUAAAAAGAGAAAUCUGUUGGUUAAUAGAGACAAUUUAAUUAGAAUUUACUGUAGUUCCUUAAUCUUAGGAUGAUAGGAUGAUGGUCUUAAUGGUCUUGGCUCUCAGACCUGGAACCUGCUUUAGUCCAAGCUCCACUAAAGACAUUAAAUGAGAUGGUAGGAGUGCCUACACAUUCAGAGUUAAAGACCUUGGGUAGAGAUAGAAAAUGGGCAGCCCGUAAUAUAUUCAACUGUUCUAUGCCAAAUACAAACCAUGACCUGCAAUGCCCUGAAAAGUUGGUACUGUUAAGUGAUGGCCCUGUCCAGAAACCACUAGCUGCUCCAUCCCCUGAUCCACCCACUCAGCACUGAUCUGAAUGAUCUGAGUGACAGUACAGGGGCUGUCAAUUCCACCCAGCCAAUCAGACUGCAAGGUGAAGAUAUUUGCAUUUGAGACUCCAGACACUCACAGUCAUAGAGAAAAUCCUGUUUGGUGGCAAUGUUGACUUGCAUACCUGGAACCGUCCUGCCAGGAUUUUGUGUUUCUAAUUUCAAAUAUAUAAAGUUCUAGCUGUUUUGAGGGCUUGACAUUUUUCAAAGGGUUUUGGAUCUGCUCCAGAACCUUGUGUUGAGCAGAGGUGUUGGCACACAGAGACUGAAGGAGACUUGAAAGCAGGGAAAUGAGAAAUGAGGAAGGAUAGAAGAGGGAGAAGAAAAGAAACUCCCCCCUUUGUCGUUCUUUGGUCAUUUCUUUACACUCAACCUAGAAAUAAUGUGACAUUAUUGAUGAUGAUAAUAACUAUAGAUAACUUGACAAUUGUAAUAUGAUGUUAGACCAGGCUGAUUGCUUAAUGUGAUCUAUUAAGUAUUAACAGCAAUGUAACUAUGUUAAUAGCUCUCCAACCUGAAGUCACUGAAAAUAAAAUGUUAUGUAAACCAA